AUGAGUUCACCAGUUGGCCCAAAUUUCAUACCGACUCAAGAUGCGAUUGAAAUAGAUUAUGAGUCGUUACCUGAUGAUGCUUCCUUAGCAGCUCAUUUAACUGCCGGAGCAUUUGCAGGAAUAAUGGAGCAUACUGUUAUGUUUCCAAUUGACUCAAUUAAGACAAGAAUGCAAAUAGCGAGCCCUCAACAAUUGUCUAAAAGUAUGUUCACUUCCAUUUCAAAAAUAAGCUCUAGUGAAGGUGCUUAUGCAUUGUGGAGGGGUGUUUCUUCAGUAGUUUUAGGCGCUGGUCCGGCUCAUGCUGUUUAUUUCUCCGUUUUUGAAGCGACAAAAACAUUACUUGUCAAUCGCUUGACGAAUUCCCCACAUUCAAAUAGGAUUGUCACAGAUGAUAAUCAUCCGUUGAUUGCAAGUGGUGCAGGGACAGCUGCCACUAUUGCGUCGGAUGCAUUAAUGACCCCAUUUGACGUUCUAAAGCAACGAAUGCAGGCAUCAAAUAUUGCAAAGAAACAGCCAACGUCACUUAAAUUGUAUCAAGAGGCAGCAAAUAUCUACAAAACGGAAGGAUUUUCUGCAUUUUACAUAUCUUAUCCUACUACGCUUUUCACUAAUAUUCCUUUUGCAGCCUUGAACUUCGGCUUCUAUGAAUACUCGUCCCUGUUAUUGAAUCCAACUAAUAAAUACAACCCCUAUUUGCACUGUGUUUCGGGAGGAAUUGCAGGUGGGAUUGCAGCAGCUUUGACUAAUCCGUUUGAUUGUAUAAGAACAGCUCUACAAACUAGAGGUAUCUCACAUAAUGAGAGGUUAAGAAAUAUAGAUGGAUUCUUCAGUGCGGCAAAAGCACUUUACAGAGGAACAGGUAUGAAAGCAUUCAGCAAGGGCUUAAAGCCAAGAAUUAUUUUUAACAUCCCCAGUACUGCUAUAUCAUGGACAGCUUAUGAAAUGGCAAAAGAAAUUUUGUUAAAAUAA